AAAGAAUUAAUAUUGUGAUUUUUAUAUAAAUAAUUUAAAUAAUGCCUAAAGUUAAGCGUGAGAAAUCGCUUUCACAACUUCGUUCAAGGGGAGUUCAGCUUAACAAAGAUUUGGGACAACACGUUUUAAAGAAUCCUUUAGUGGCGAGAGGUAUUUGCGAGAAAGCAGGGAUUCGCUCUUCCGAUACAGUUUUAGAAAUUGGUGCUGGCACUGGAAAUAUGACAAUUUUAUUACUGGAGUCCGCUAAAAAAUUAAUCGCUUGUGAGGUUGAUCCUCGAAUGGUUGCUGAAAUUCAAAAACGUGUUCUUUCAACUCCUCACGCAAGAAAGCUUGAAAUCCUCGUCGGCGAUGCCGUUAAAAUUGAAUUUCCUCCAUUCGAUGUUUGCGUUGCUAACGUGCCUUAUCAAAUCUCUUCUCCUUUAAUUUUUAAACUUCUUCUGCAUCGGCCAGUUUUUAGAUGCGCAGUUCUUAUGUUUCAGAGAGAAUUUGCACUUCGGUUAGUCGCGCGGCCCGGCGAUGCUCUUUACUGCCGAUUGUCUGUGAAUACUCAGCUGCUCUCGAAAGUCGAGCACGUUUUAAAAGUUGGUAAAAAUAAUUUCCGUCCCCCCCCGCGCGUCGAGUCCAGCGUGGUUAGACUCGAGCCUCGCUAUCCACCUCCACCUAUUAAUUUCCAAGAAUGGGACGGCCUUUUACGAAUUGCUUUUUUGAGGAAAAGUAAAACUUUGUCUGCUUUGUUUAAAUUAAAUCCUGUUGUUGCGCUCAUUGAAAAAAAUUAUAAGAUUCUAUUAUCCCUACAAGAAAAGGAACUGCCUGUUGAUUUUAAUGUAAAAGAAGAGCUACUAAAAGUUUUAGAAAAGAACCUUUUUUCUGAAAAACGAGCUCGAAAUCUUGACGUGGAUGAUUUUUUAAGACUGCUGAAAUGUUUAAACGAUGCCGGUUUCCACUUUGCUUAA